AUGUGCAAGCAUGACCCUUUAACAGGAGAAGAAACAGGGGACAAGGAGUUCCUAAUAAAAGGCAAAGCACUGCUUGAAAGUUUCCACAACCACAUGCUGAUGUACAGUUCUAAGAGGUUCGCAUACACACCUCCUGUCUACAGAGCAAGGAGUCUUUUGGCAGUACUCGACUAUAAUGAAAAUGUUGAACGAGAGUCACUUGUCAACAAAGAUGGCACUGUCAGGAUGCAGAGGACUUUCAAUAAAAAGUCAGGUAGAUGGACCGUGUAUGCAGUUAAAGAGAAGAAGAAAUACACACAUGUGUUGUCCCUUUUUAGAAUUGUCCUACAGAGACGCAUAGAGGAUAGAGAAGGGCUUCAGGGAAGAAUGGUUCUAGAAGUGGGAGAUCCGAGGCGGAUAUCCAAAACAAUUGCCCCCGUCUUACCAUCAAGAACGGAAGAGAAGAAAUCCCGAUUUAAAGACUCAUAACUGGACAUUUAUAUGAUUGGUCUAUUGGCAUGAUUCACCUGGUUGUAGCUCAAUUUAGUUGAAAUAUUAGUAGAACUUGAGCAGUGCAGUGGUGAAGUGUUUGACACCAAUCUUGCAGUAUGUACAUGUAUGUUAAUAUUUUAUUAAAUCCACUAUUCCAACAUCUGAUAUUUAGAUAAAUUUUAAACAAGUU